AUGGCUUCCACAAGCCCCGGAGGAGACGGCGAGCGCGGGCCUAUAUUCGACAGUUUGGCCAAAUUCUAUGUAUCUGUGGCCAUCAUCUGGACGACUGCCCUCCUCUUCGGCUCCGCUUUUCUCAUUAUCAAUCGCCACGAGCAAUGCAUUCGCAUUCGCAACCUGUUUCUCGCGCUGAGCGCGGUCUCAUUUCUCCAUGUCUACUGGAUUCUGUGCAUGGUCGCAUAUUCAAUGGGUGACAAGUACCCCUGUGUCGCAGAAUACUGGAUCAUGAGCAUCUAUCUGCCUUUGGGGAUCGCUCUUUUUCAAGCGAACAGCAUGCAGCUCCUGAGCGUCUUUGGCAUUCAGGAGAAGUUGCUCUUAGCCGCGCAGCAACCAUACAGACCCCGCUUCAUGGAUCGUGCAAAAUCCUCUAGCCGAUCCCGGUUCCAAUGGAAACAGUUGAAGCUCGUCCAAAAAACGGAAUUGGGCAUUGUUGUUGGAAUGCUGGUUCAAGUCAGUGCAUCAUCCGCGCCCGCUGCCUUUUUUAUUCACCUACUCAUCUCCCAUCUCUCACCUGUAGCUGUUUCUGUCGCUCUCUAUCUUCCUCACCUCUCGGAAGUUUCAAAGCUUCGAAAGAAAUCAAGGGUUCCUUCGAUCCUCUGGCAAUUGUUCUGGUCUUGGAUAUUUGCGCCAUACAUUCUUUGGAAGAUUCGCAACAUCCACGACAUACACCACUGGCGGCUCCAGAUCACCUGCUGCGUCAUCGCCGCUUUACCAGGUUCGCCCAUGUGGUUCGCCGCACUGUAUUCUUCAACCGAAAUCUGGGCAGAUAUCAAUAGAUACUGGGUGCCGGCUCUCUGGUUUGCUCCUGGUAUUAUGACAAUGGAGGCUGUUACUAUCUUCUUUCCGUGUUAUGAGCUUGUUGUCUCUAGGAGACUGAGGAAUCGUAUCCUUGGGGAACUCCAAGCAUGGAAUGACAAGAAGGCAGCUGGCGCGGACGAAUUGGAUUCAGCAGCAUCCAGAAGUCAAAGUGAAGUUAGCCGCAUGCCUGAAGUCUAUUCACGAAAAGCCCUAGAGAGGUGCUUAGCAGAAGAUUCAAGCGCGCUUCUCCGAUUUGCCGCGGCCAAGGAGUUCAGCGGCGAGAAUAUCAUCUUCUUGAAUUACGUGCGUGACUGGAAGGCUGCCUGGGUGAAGAUCAGUGAAUCGAAGCCGGAUUACGAUUGGAACCGCGAUUCUCAGUACCACCGACUUCAUUUCUUCAAGAUCGCGGUGGAGAUCUAUGCCGCCUGUGUCGAUUUACGAACGGCGGAAUUUCCCAUCAACAUCGAGUCCCAGAUUUACUCGGAUCUAACGGAAAUGUUUAGUGAAGCUGCGCAAUUUAUCGAUCAAUCUGUGUCAAGGGGAACUGAAACCCGCACCUACAGAAAUGUCCCAGAGUCUUACAUGAUGCCGUCACACAGAAAAAAGUUUUCUACUGUGAUAAACGUGGAGGAAGACACUCACGCUCUGUGUCUGGAUGCAUAUCCUCACGAGAGCCAGAGUAUCAUGCAUAUCGAGUCCCGUGUUCCGGAUCAUGUUAUCGUUCCUCCGAACUUCACCAUCCGUGCUUUCCACCAGGCCGAGAGGUCAAUCAGGAACCUGGUGUUCACAAAUACCUGGCCCAAGUUUAUUGAUUCUUCCAGCGAUUUGUCAAUCCAUUCUAAGUAA